UGACUAAACAGGUUUUCUUUCAGUUUCUACCUGCGGCUGCUUCCUGAUAUUUCAGUCUGACUGCGGAUCUUUGGCGGAAAACAAGUGAUAUCGUACGAUAAAUAAGGACUAGCCAAAAACUCUUUUUGCAGGUUAUUCAUUUUGACGAAAUCCACCUAGAUAGGUUGGAACACAUACUAAUAUAACAAGCUCGCGGGUGUGAUUAUAUCUAGAACUGUUUCAUUGAAUACUUUCCGAAGAUGCAAGCGGGAACAAAUCGAGUUCAGAAGGUUGGCGUGGCUUAUGAAGUGGAGAAGAAGUUGGAACAAAAUUAUGACAGGGAGGAAGCAGCUGGAACCCCUACACAUAUCAUCAACUGGAUGAAUGCAAUUUGCGACGGAGAACAUGACCCUAUUCCCAAUACAGACUGGAAAGGUUUCAACACACAUCUUAAAGACGGUGUUAUGUUGUGCAAAUUAAUAAACAAGUUGUUGAAAGCUGAUGGUAAAUCCCCGAUACAGUUCCAGAAGAAAGUAAUGUCACCAUUUGUUGCCAUGACGAAUAUUGAAAACUUUAACAAAGGAUGUGAGAGCUAUGGUUUGGCGAAAGAGUUUACCUUUCAAUCAGGGGAUUUAGUAGAGCUUAGAAAGGCCGGAUUCUUCAACACAUUGAAUUGCCUCAGCAGCUUGGGGAUGCUUGCCAACGAGAAAUCAGUUCAGCCUUCAUACAAAGGAGAAAUACGAAAGCAUCUUGACAGAGAAUAAGCAAACACGAAGGAAGUUUCACCGAAAUAUCAAGGAAAGAUAACGAAAACCGUCGACAUGGAAUAAGUGUACAUUUAGGUCAAGCAACUUUUACAUUACAUGUGGCAUUUCAUGUUCUUUUAACCCAUUUGAAGAACAUUGAAAUAUUUGAUUGAACGUAGCCAUAUGGUUUCUAUACCAAAAUCGUUCCUGGUUAUAAGCAUUGUACGCAAGACUUUUGAAAUACAGUUUAAAUUUGCUUAAUGUAUUGCUGUUUAUUUUGUACAAACUAUUAUGGUUUAGUUGCAAUAUGAUAUUACAUACAAGAUGUGCACCGUUGUACACUGUACUAUAUAGAUGGUAGAUCUCUUUUCGUUAGAAGCAUUUUAUUCCAUCUGUUCUUAACUUAUUUGUUCUUCUGGUCAGUCGACCUUUUCUUUCAUGUCAAACUUGCUUGGAAACAAUAAAGUAUCUGUUUUAUUUAA